CUGGACUAAGCUGCGUGUUUCUUUAACUCCUGCCGGCGUUUUGGAAGUGUUAUACAUGAAUAUGAGUGUUUAGGUAGAUAGAUCAUGGUGGAUGUCCCCUUGCUAGCUCGUGUCUCCGAUAAUACAGACUGUAGCUCUUCUUCUUGCCCAACCUCAUCAGUGUCUGAAGAUUCUGUUCCAGAAGGUUAUUUGAUUUUAACAUUUGAUAAGAGAAAGAAGGCGGUUAUAAAAACAGCUGUAUUUGCAGAUGUCUCUGAUCCCCGGUUUGUUGAUGACUUUGAUGAUGAGGAGGAUGACGAUGUUUUUGCGAAUACUGAAGAAGGCAAAUGUAAUAAUACCAAUUGGCAACCAGCCAACGAUGAUGCGUCGAAAUUAUCUAUUUGUUCGGUAAAAACUGCAAAUGAAAACGCUGCAGAUGAAACUAAACGUUCACUGUCAAAACCACUUGUUAUAUCAACAGAUACAGGUGAUAAAAAUGAUAAUGCAUCAUCUUUUAAUUCAUGUUAUGGUGAAGUAUUUUGGGUUGGUGAAGAUGAACCUGAUAUCAAAUCAAAAAUUAUCGAAUCAUCAUUAGAACAAUUAUCAAGUAGUAAUAAUAAUAACAACAGUUUAAUACGUGCAAGUCCCCUGUCAUGUGAUACUACUGCUUCAAUAACUCCAGAUUCAACAUUACCAUCAUCUUCUGAAGGUGGUAGUUGGUCUGGAAUGAUGAUGACGGCGGCGAUGAUGAAUAGUGCACCACCACCACCACCACAGUUGAAUGCCUCUCGUUUAACCAACAACAACAACAGUCUUCCAUAUCGUAGAGAAGCCCUACCAACUAAUAAUAGUCAUUUUGUUAGAAAAUUCAAUCAUAAUUUCUCGUCAUACUUUCAAUAUAAUAAGUGUUCUAGAUCAUUAUUUACUGGGCGGUAUACACCAACACUACAAACAACAACAACAACAAAUACAAAUGAUCAUUCACAAAAAAUGCUCAAAUGUGAUCAAUGCGGUAAAUAUUAUCGUAAUGAUUACAGUCUAUAUCAUCAUAUCUGUUUAAAGCGUAAAGAUGUCUGGAAGAAAGGUGAUGUCCCCUCAGAAAUGAUUGAUGGCCAGUUAAUGUAUUUUUGUCCUAGUUGUAGUAAACCGUUUAAAUGGCUUGGUAAUUUGACACGACAUUUUUAUGUACACACGGGUCAACGAUUUUUUCGAUGUGAUAUUUGCUCUAAAGAAUUUUUCUCUGCUUACCAAGUUCGUAGGCAUAUGAAUUCGCAUACAGGUGUGCGUUAUAAGUGUACAAUCUGUGACAAACCAUUCACAUGUAAAUAUGCCUGUGCAUGGCAUACACGUAAACAUUUUACACAGCCAGGAUUGAAACAUCAUUGAACAGAGGAUAUAUAUAUAUAUAUUCCAAGGUUUUAUUUAUUUAUUUUGAUAUUACAUAUGAUUUUAGCAUCGAAAGUAAAAUGCCUUAACUUUUCUACGUUCCAUUUUACAUAUACACCUACACCUACGUGUAUUCAUUGUGAGUUGUACUAUUUUUUUACAAUAAGGAUUCUUCCAAUCGGUGUUGUCUUAUAUAGUAAUUAUUAUUAUUAUUAUUACUAUUAUUUUAAUAGCUGUUCUUAUACAUUAUUGUUACUGUAUUACCAAUACUCAGUAUUAUACAGGAAAGAGGAGUGGGGGUGUGUGUGACGAGUAACAAACAACACAUGUGCCUUUAAUCUACUGUUGAAUAUCUCAACAGUAACCCUAACAAUACUACUUCUAGGACUGAUUACAGUCAUAGUCUGUCACCCUCCCUUUGUGUAUGUGUGCCUUUGUCACUAACGUCAGUGAUCGCCAGUACUCACGACAUUAUUAUUAUCGCAUACAUAUUUUUGUUAUAUGUUUGGAUUUUUAUGCUCUGCUUUACACACAUCAUACUUUUCUAUUACAAAAAAUAUAGACAACAAUAACGACAACAGUAAUAAAAAAAAAAGAAAUCUGACUGAUUGCUCAAUUUGACGAUAUUGUAUAUGAUUCGUGGUUUUCCAAUUUUUUUUUUGAUUUUUUAAGAAUAUCAAUUUGCUCCAGUGUAUGAGUUCUGAUCGCUUGUUUGCUUGCUCACCUGUCUGCCUACCUGCCUCCCCCUCUCUCUCUCCGUCUGUGUGUUCCUCACGAGAGAGAGAGAGGGUACACCGAUGCUUGUAUGUGUGUGCUUUGCCAUGUGUGCGUGUAUGCCUUAACAGACACACACACACGCACAUGCAUACAUAAAUACAUACACAAACUGGGAUCUUCCAAUUAUUAUUAUCAUUUUGUGGUUUUGCAAUUUUUUUGUAAGUUUUCGUGUAACACUAUAUACUCAUACACAAAUAUUUUUUUAUUAUUGUUAUUGUUGUUACAUACAUAAGGUUGUGUACGCGUAUUUGUUAGAUUGUAUCACACUCUACAAUGCAACACGUAUGCACAGACACACACACAAACACACAUUAAAAACAAAUAAUUCAUACACAUACAUACUUCUUGAUUCCAGUGACCAUCGUAGGUUACUACAUAAAAUCUAUCUGGGGGGGGGGUAAAUCUCGCCAACGCUGAUUCUCCUCUCCAGAUGUGUGCUGCCUUACACUCCAGCGUUUUUUUUGGCUGUUUUUAUUCGAUUGUUCAUUUGUAUUAAUUUAUGGGUUUUUUAUAUGUGUUCUUUUGGUUGUUUCUUCAACCUGGUUUUUUUAUACUCAAGGCUCUGUUUGCCUCUCUUAGUUUGGUGUAAAACUUACUCGUCAGAAUAGCGAUUUUGUUUUUUGAAGGAUGUUUCUUUGUUGUUGUUAAGCUUUUGAUGUGGUAUAUAUAUACGUAUUUAUGUGUGUGCGGUGACAUGAUUUUUUUAAAGUAUGUUAUUUAUAUAUGAUAAUAGAAUUUUGAAAGCUGUAA